GUUCGUUCUGGACCUGAACUGAACCGGUGCUGCAGCUGCUGGGCCCGCGCGGCUCCCGGCGCGGGGCGCGUGCUGGGGGCGGGGCUUGUGUUGAUGACGCGGGCUGGCAGACACUUCCUAAAACAUGCGCGAGGCAGUCCAGAGCCUCAGCGCCCGCCCGGACCGUCUGCUGUGAAAAGAACCGCGCCAGAAGUUCUGGAUGGAGACGGACCCACUGCUGGGCGGCUCCACGGAGUUCGGUUCGGGGCGCGCGGACUCGUGCGCUUCAGACGCAGAUGAUGAGCUGUACCUCCAACAGGCCGUGGUCUUUAUUGAAGACGCCAUCCACUACCGCUCCAUCAACCACCGCGUGGACGCCGGCUCCCUGCGGAUGUACAGAUGCUACUACUCCCGGUUGUGUCAGUGGGUCUUGGCCGCCACCAUCACGGCGGUGUUGCUGCUGGCCUUCGUGGAGCGCCCGUCCUCCCUGUCCAGGUCCUCGGACCCCCGCCAUCGGUCGGAGCCGUGGAACCCGCCCUGCGGCCUGACGGAGAGCAUCGAGAUGUUCUGCCUCCUCGUCUUCUGCCUGGAUCUCGCCAUGAAGAGCUACUUGAUCGGCUGGGAGGAGUUUAAGAAAUGCAAAUGGUUGAUCAGCUACACGGUGGUUCUGUCCGUCUCCAUCAUCGACUGGGUGUUGUCCAUCAGCAUGCUGUGUCACGAGAACCUGAGAGUACGGCGGCUGUUCCGGCCCUUCUUCCUCCUGCAGAACUCGUCCCUGAUGAAGAAGACGCUGAAGUGCAUCAAGAGGACUCUGCCAGAGAUCGCCAGCGUCAUCCUGCUGCUGGCUCUGCACCUCUGCCUCUUCACCAUGAUCGGCAUGCUGCUGUUCGCCAAAACCGACGAUCAGCAGAAGAACGAGGAGUGGCUGCUGCAUUUCAGAGACCUCCCUCAGUCCAUCACCUCCCUGCUGGUUCUGCUCACCACAGCCAACAACCCGGACGUGAUGAUCCCCGCCUACUCGCAGAACAGAGGCUACUCCAUCUUCUUCAUCAGCUUCAGCGUGAUCGGAACCUACUGUCUGAUGAACCUGCUGACCGCCAUCAUCUAUAACCAGUUCAGAGGGUACCUGCUGAUGUCGCUGCAGACGUCCGUCAUUAGGAGGCGGGUCGGGAUCCGAGCGGCCUUCCAAGUCCUGAGCUGUCAGAGAAGCCAGACCGGCGCUCAGGUCCUGGUGAGGAUCGACGCCGUGCUGAAGGUCAUGUCCAGGGUCAAGAUGAAGAGCUACUACAGGGACGCCAUCAAUGCGGCGGUGCAGGCGCACGCCGACGUCGGCGUCAUGGACCGCGAGCAGUUCCGGAAGGUGUUUGAUGAGCUGGACAAAGACCGCAUCACGGAGCAUCCUCCUCUUCCUCAGUACAGCAGCGUGGUCCUGCAGAAGCUGCAGCUGCUCUGCAGCCACUACUACCUGACGGUGCUGGGGAACGCCGUGGCCCUCACCAACGUCAUGUGCAUCUGCACGGUCCUGGUGCUGAACUCCGAGAAGACCACAGUGGAGAGGAACAACUCCAACCUGGAGAUCAUCAACCUGUGCUUCAUCCUCUACUACCUGCUGGAGAUGAGCGUGAAGGUGUUCGCGUUCGGCUGGAGGGGUUACCUGUCCUACAGGAACAACAUCUUUGACGGCGUCCUCACCGUCCUGCUGCUGGUUCUGCAGAUCACCAUAUUUAUCAAGUACACCCCCCCGAGUCCCGUGGAGAGUAACUCCUCUCUCUGGGAGCUGGUGCGGCUGGUGAACAUGCUGAUCGUCUUCCGCUUCCUGCGCAUCAUUCCUGACAUCAAGCUCAUGGCCUUGGUUGCCAGCACGCUGAUGGACCUGGUGAAGAACCUCCGAGCGUUUGCAGGGAUUCUGGUGGUGGUGUACUACGUGUUUGCGGUGUUCGGGAUCUGGCUCUUCGAAGGCGCCAUCAAACCUCCUCCUGGAAGCAGCGGGCUGUCCAACACCUCCCUGCAGAACAUCUCCAACGCCACCAUGGAGUGCGGCACCUACGAGCAGCUGGGCUACUGGCCCAACAACUUUGAUGACUUUGCUGCAGCCAUUAUUUUGCUCUACAACGUCAUGAUCGUCAACAACUGGCAGGCCUUCAUGGACGCUUACAGCAGAUACACCUCAGAAUGGUCCAAGGUCUACUUUGUGAGUUGGUGGCUCACCUCUUCGGUCAUGUGGGUCAACCUGUUCGUGGCGCUCAUCCUGGAGAACUUCAUCUACAAGUGGGACCGCAGCCACAGCUGCUCCAUCACGGAGGUGGAGAAGAUCCAGUACGAGACGUCCAUUCAGCUCAUGUUCAGGGAGCAGAUCCAGGAGCCGACGGAGGAGGAGUUGCUCUGUGAGCUUCACCGACACCCUCACCUGCACCUGCAGUGGUGACCUCAGAACCCAACCCAGCUGCAGUUUUGUCUUUUCUUUAGAUGUUUGACAUGUUACUGAAACCUUUAAGGCUGCAGGUGAACCUGCAGGAGAUGCUGAGUCCAUGUUCAGAAACAGAAACGACAGACCUCCAGAAGCCGUUAGGAGAGCUCUGAGGACUAAAGGAAACCAGCAGCCUUCAGAGCAGUGUAGCAUCUGCUCAUGAGCACUUUAGAAGAAUGAAACACUCCAGAGUCUCAUCUCUCUGAGGAACUCAUGGAGGCGAGUCAGCAGCAGAACCGGACCAGGUGACCUUUAAAAUCCACACAAAAAGACCGUCAGGAAGACAGAAGCAUCUCCAGAAGGAAUGGAGACGAUGUUUCCGUAGCAACCGUUCGUACCAAAGCUGGGCUCACAACAUCCUUCUUAAACCGAAGUUCAGUUUUAUUUUCAUCUGAGAAGAACCCACUGAACCCUCCGGGCCGCGCUGCAGACCGGAGGCCGCGCUGGCACAGGAAGUGGCAUCGCCAGCGAACGGAAGCGAUCCUUCAUCGUUUCCUCCUGGACGGUCUCAGCUCAGAAACAUCCCGACCGCACCUUUAAAAACAGAACUGGUGGUUUCAACAGGUUGGUUUCUAGUCGGGCAGCACCCUGGUGUAGAGGAACCGGAGAGUUUCUGUGAGCGGUGGGUCACCUGAAGCUUCACCGACGUUGACCUCGGGCUGAGCAGAAACAUGAUCGAGUCCAAAUACGAGAAUUCUUUGAGUUCAUUCUCAAACCGUUGGUUGGUCCUGAAGUCGGUCUCUGGGUUCACCUGUGAUUGUUGAGGGUCUUUGGGGGAAUGAAGCGUUUCUGAACUCCACAGCGCCACCUACCUGCAAACGUCAAGGUUCAAAAGGGAAACUGUCACUUUAUUCAAAGGUAUUUUUUUAGAUCAGGAGAAAAACUGCUGUUUAAAAAUGGAUGUAAAAUAAAUAUUUUACAGAAA